AAGUCUCAACGUCUGGAACAAAGUAGCUCUUGUGUGACAGGGAGGAGAGGAGCCCUGGGGACAGGAGUCCCACCUGGAAGAAGAGCUCAUCUAACAGGAACCACCCUCACCAGAGCUUCAGAAUAUGCAGAAGAACCCAGAAAGGAGUGGGUCCUAAGAACCCAGAAAGGAGUGGGUCCUAAUUUGCUCCACCAGAAGCAGUUCUUAAUUACCUUGUCCAGAAAGAGCCAGACUUGGUGAUGUCACCACAUCCAGAAGCUAUCACAGACUGUGUGACAGUGGAAGUGGACCAGCUUACAGAAGGUGCUUAUCCAUCACAGUUCUCUGUACUCUCCCAACAACAGCAGAAAAUGAACACAUCUCAGGCAUCAGUGUCAUUCAAGGACGUGACUGUGGAAUUCACCCAAGAGGAGUGGCAGCAAAUGGGUCCUAUUCAGAGGACCCUGUAUAGAGAUGUGAUGCUGGAGAACUACAACAACCUAGUCUCAGUGGGGAACUGCAUUUUCAAACCAGCAGUAAUCUUCAAGUUGGAGCAAGGAGAGGAGCCUUGGUUCUUAGAGGAAGAAUUCUCAAACCAGAGCCACCGAGAAGAUUACAGAGAUGAUGACCUGAUGAGGAGGAAAAAGAAAAUCCAAGAUAAACACUUGCAGGAAAUAAUAUUCAUCGAUAAUAAACCAUUGACUGGAGAGGAAGAAGUUUUGGGAAAACAGUUUAAUCUGCACAUAGCUCCUGUUUCAACAAAAAUAUCCUGUAAAUAUGACUCAUGGGGAGUAAAUUUGCAAAAUAUUUCCCAGCUUGUUAAUAAUAGAACCUAUCCAACAAAAAAACCAAAUUGCUAUAGUGUAUGUGAAAAUUUGUCUUUCAAAAUUAAUUUUGAGAGAACUCAUACUGGAGAGGAGUUUCAUGAAUAUAAUAAAAGUGGGAAAGCUCUCAGUUAUAAGGAAAAUCUUCCUAAGAAUCAAAAGUGUCAAACUUUGGAGCAAGCUUUUAAAUAUGAAAUUGGAAAAGCCUUCUAUGGUGAGGCUGCUUGUGUUACAUGUAAGAGUAUUCACACAGAAAAAUCCUGUAAAGAUGAUGAAUUUAGGGGAAAAAGUGAAAAAACAACUGUCUUUGACUAUAAAAGAACUGGGGUAGGGGAGAAACACUCUCCUCUUAACCAAUGUGGGAAAUCUUUCUGCGGGAAAUCAGCUGUCAAGGAAUACAGUAAGUUUAACAUGCCUGUGAAACAGAAUGAAUGUCAUGCAAGUGGAAGUAAUUUCAACAGGAAGUCACACCUCACUCAACUUCCGAGAAUUGUCACGGAAGAGAACCCAAUGGUAUAUGAUAGAACACGAACUGGGGAUAAGUCCUUUGAAUAUCAUGAAAAUAGGAAAUCCUACCAGAUGUCAGCCCACAAAGUACGCCAGAGAACUCACUCUGAGAUAAAACCGUAUAAAUGUAAUGAAUGUGGUAAAUCCUUCUUUCAAAAAGGACAUCUCAUUCAGCAUCAGAGAACUCACACUGGAGAGAAACCAUUUGAAUGUGAUGAAUGUGGAAAAACUUUCUCCCAGAAGUCACACCUCAGUACACAUUGGAGAAUUCACACAGCAGAGAAACCCUAUAAGUGUAAUGAAUGUGGGAAAACAUUUGUCCAGAAGUCAACCCUCAGGGGACAUCAGAGAAUUCAUACAGGAGAGAAACCCUAUAAAUGUAGUGAAUGUGGAAAAACUUUUGUUCAAAAGUCAACCCUCAGAGAUCAUCAUAGAAUUCACACAGGGGAGAAAUCCUUUCAGUGUAAAGAAUGUGGGAAAACUUUUGGUCAGAAGUCAAACCUCAGGAUACAUCAGAGAACUCACAGUGGUGAGAAAACGUAUCAAUGUAACGAAUGUGAAAAAUCCUUUUGGCGAAAAGACCAUCUCAUUCAACAUCAGAAAACACACACAGGAGAGAAACCAUUUAAAUGUAGUGAGUGUGAGAAAACUUUUGCCCGGACAUCAACCCUUAGAGUGCAUCAGAGGAUUCAUACUGGGGAGAAACCAUUUAAAUGUAAUGAAUGUGGGAAAAAAUUUGUCCGGAAGGCAAUCCUCAGUGAUCAUCUGAGAAUUCAUACAGGGGAGAAACCUUUUCAGUGUAACAAAUGUGGGAAAACUUUUGGCCAGAAAUCAAACCUCAGAAUACAUCAGAGAAUUCACAGUGGGGAGAAAUCUUAUGAAUGUAAUGAAUUUGGGAAAUUGUAUAAGAAGUCAACUCUAAAUGUUUGCCAGAGAAUUCAGGGAGGGGGAAAACCCUAUUGAUAUAAUAACUAUGGAAAAUCCUUAUGGCUGAAAAACCAUGCCAUUUGACUGCAGUAAACCCACACAGGAGAAAAACCAUAUAAAUAUGAAUGUAGGAAGAAUUUUAUCCAAAAAGCAACCCUGAAAGUAUAUCAGAGAAUACACGAGCUAGUAUUUCUUUCAAGGUACUAUGGAAAGCCCUUUUGAAUGAAGCCAUGCCCUUUAGAUAACUCACGCAAAAUUUCCUGGUCUCCCUUUCCUCCAAGUAGGUCUUUGGGACUGUGGAUGCUUAUAUUUUAUGCCACACCCAUUUGUGACAAAACACCUCGCUGACAAACUACUAGGAUGCUGUCAUGAUAAAAUGGAGAUGAUCCAGGACAACCUUGAGUAUCAUGCUUUAACAUGGCACAGCUUUUACAAGGUAAAAGCCAGGGUGCCUGAAAUAUGUGGAACAAAAUUCUCAUUCACAUCUUUACCUUUUGAACAUUUUGUGAUCAAGCAGUGAUCUUGUAUUCUAUUGAGCUCUCGCAUGUUUAGGUCUGUUUCCUUUGGAACGUAAUUUAGCCAUCCCUCUACUCGGGAGGUAGAAAGCUAUUAUGUAAGCCAAGCUUACAUCAGUCAGUGGGUAUAGCAUUUAUUAAAGAGUUGGUGUUGUGAGGAAUUCCUCAAAGAUCAUCAGAGAAUUCAUUUUAAAAAAAUCAUUCAAUGUACUGAAAUAGAUGAUACCACCUGUUCCAGGGCUUUUGAUGAACCUAAAAGGAAGAUUUUUGGUUGAAAUGUGAGCACACCUUGUGCAAGUAAAGCAAAUGCUUCUUUAAUGUCAUGAAGUCACUCUCCCUUCACACUUUGUUGUACCUCCAUAUACCCCAACAUCAGCUGUUUCAGGGGAAAGAAAUCUUCCUGUCUCCAAUGGGGACCCAUGGCCAUUGGCACCCACCCAAGUAUUUUGGGGAACUUUGAGGGAGGAAAGGGGCUGGAACUUUUAUGGCUUUAUGGGAAACAGGUGCCCAAGUCAACAUCUUAUCACUUUCCAUGGAGGUAGGGAGUAUCUAGAUAAAGAAAAUGUUGUUAGGGCAGGGGUUACAGUAGGCAAGGGAAAUGAAUGUGACCCUGUGAAUAAAUGGGGCUCUUUUGGCCAGUGCAGUAUAUUGUGGUUACUUCUAAACCUGAAAGUGUAGUAGAAAUGUGUUACAUGCUAUACUUCCCCUUCCAAUAAUUCAGAAGGGAUUCUCCCAGUCAGGAAGAGUUAUGUGUAAAGAAAAUACCUUUGAGGUCCCACAGCCCUUAAUGACCACUUUGCGCUUCAGUUUCUGUAACUAUUCAUUCUGUUGAUUGGAAUUUCUGGCAAAAGGAGAUGCCCUUGGGGUGGGGGAGAAGGGUGGUUCGACUUGAUACCCUAGCAAGGCUACCAAGUAUAUGCCUUUUGUAAAGCAGCUCUUAGCUUACUCUUGGGCUCCACUGGCUAACAAGAUACAAAGGACACAAGCCUCAGGUGUAAAAUGCACAUGGUAUAUUUAAGAAUACAGCUGUCCUGGUCCCAGCAAUAUCUUAGCUAUAUAUCAGAUUGUAGCAGCUGUCCCUUACAGAGGAAACUUAUCCCCCACUCUGCUGCCUGAAGCAAAGCUGAGGGCUCAGUAGGGCCCCCAGUUCAUAGAAGUCACUCUAAUUGGGCCUGAUUCACUGACAGGCUAGUGGGAAUCACUGGACACUGACUAUUCAACCUCAGUGCAAUUAUGCAGACCCAAAAAUUGAUGGGGCUGCUCCUCUCAAUGGGCAGGACACAAGGAUGUUCUCAACACUGGCAGAUAUUCCAUUUGAAACUUGCGGCAUUUUAAUUGACUGUGGUUCUUACUGUGCCUAGCUUUUUGACACACUGGUAGUAAAACUGCUGGCUGACAAAAGCACUCCUCUUUGGUGCUGUGAACUGUGGGGGGAAAGUCAGCUGCUAAGCACAUCUGAGUUUUUAAACUAGAUGCCCUUGGUAAGUGAGUAUUCUAUGAUAAUAGUGACUGGAAUCAAGCUGCUGAGCAAGCCUUCACUAUCCUGAUUGCCAGCAUUGCUACCUGGAUCCAUCAUCAUACUGACAGAGCAAAAUAUUCACCAUCUUAACUGCAUACAAAGUAAGUCUAUAUAUCCAGUGCUUCCUUUGAUGUCAUUUGACCUAAGAAUCUACAUUUUUUCUCUUAUGUAUUAAUAUCCAAUUCCACAUACCAUUUGAUAAUUCACCCCUUUCCUACUGAUUUUUAAAUGUAUUCAUAUACUAAAUUGUCAUUCGUAAGGAUAUUGCACAAGACUGCUCAUGACCCAUUCCCUACAUCCUGUUAGCAACAUAUCCUCCUUUUGGGAUCAGGGCUAGCAUAAACCUCAUAUGAGCCAAAAUAUUCGAUCUUUCUAGCCUGAUAGUGAAUUUUUCACUGAAGAUUGUUUCAAUCAGGAAAACGAGAAUAACCUCCUAGGACUUUGGAAAUGGAACAUCACACACUAGAGCUGCCAAUACCCUUGCCAAGAUGCAGCUGCACAAAAGAAGAUAAUAACUAGUUAGUGCUGUAUUCCCUGAAAAUAAUCAAGAGGUUACUGUUUGUUUUUAUAAUAGGUGAUAUAUUAUGAAGUCUUUUUUUUUUUAAGAUUUUAUUUAUU